AUGCAUAUACCCCGUCCACCUACUACACUAAAGCAAGAUGAGUCUGAUAUAAACCGCGUUCGUAACAAAAAUCAAUUACGGACGAUAGACGACCAGUAUGAGGAUAUGUUUUCGAGCACUAUCGAACAACAAAACCCUAUAUACUUUGAACAAAUUGAUCAGAAUCUGGCAAAAAUACCAAAGUAUCUUAAACAUGCUGUACUAGAGAGAAUUUUUGCAGAUUCGUCCGCUUUGACAAAAGUCCAUCUCUCCAGAUUAAUUGUACAUUUUGACCGUUUAGCUAAAGCAAAUUUCCAACGCAACCUAUUCGAUGAAUAUAUGAAAUUUGCUACCGAUAAUGAAUGGCCAAUAAUUGCUCGUGAAGUUUUGCGCAAUACGAAAUCACACGACUCAGCAGUACAUAUCAAGUACAUCAAACAGAAACUGGCAUAUUAUCAUAAACUGAUACAAAAAGAAGCCGACCAUAUUGAUGCCAAUUAUGAAGCAUGGAGAGACGACAAAGGUGGAAUAUGGAGCACUGAACAAAUAGAAGUGUGGUCAGAAAUUAAAUCGGCACAACGAACCAAGUGCAUGGGUUAUAUCAAUGAACAGACACAAUCUUGGCAAGCCACACUCAAAAGACGUGUGAAGAUAUUAGAACAAGAUAAAAUCAUUGAUAAAGCCAUCACUGAAAUUAACAAAAAUAUAUCAAGCGAAGCAAAACGUGAGUUUCAAUUGUUGAAAGACAACCUUGAAAGUUCUUCUAGGAAAUACGUCGAGGCGAAAACAAUGGCCGCUCGAGGUCCGUUAAAUCUACCGCUACCGAUAUUAAACCGAUUUGAUAUAGAAAUACCAAUAAUGUCAACAUUAGACAAAAACGUGAUAAAACAGCUCGAGGAUGAUUUUAAACAGAUCUGUACGGAAGCGAAAGAAAAAAUGCACAACAAAAUCUACGAAAAAGUGGGUAUAGAACUUAAUUUUCUAGCUGGUAUACAAACAUCAAUUUUGGCUAAAUUAAAAGAGCUCGCACCCGAUAUGACGCCACUUUUUCAAUCGUUCUCUAACGGAUAUCUUACAAGAACAACAUUUUUCACUGAGAACAAAAUACAGAUUUUAAAAGAUGUUCGCGAAUCGAAAACAGAAGAAGAAGAAGUGUUGGAUGUAUCAACAAUCCUCGAUCGAUUCGCGCCUCCGAAUCUAUUCUAA